GCGAGACUGGCCAUCGCACAAGGUGGCAGUGCGGGCGCGCUCUUUGUUGUGCACCUCGAAGCGAGUUUUCUGAGCUUAUCACGACAGGUGCGUCGCGGCGGUUUGGUUUGACUAAGGCCAUCGAUUAAUUACCUACCCGUAGUUGGACAAAAGUGAUAGAACACGUGCCUUUGCUCGGUGCUGGGCGAGUGGAUUCUAAACCGUGUUUAGUCGUGUCCAAAGAACGCACAGUGCAGUUUUCUGAUGUAUGAUGGUAGCUCUCGCAAAAUAGAUUGCCUGCGGUGACAAUUUCUUGGGGCGGUCGAUCACUACCGAAGUGGACACAAAAUCGAGAGUCGUGUGAAAUCGAGCUCGCGGAAAGUGUGUGAUCGGAGUGUCGCUCAGCACAGUGCUUCGGAAUCAAAUUUGAGAUACUGUUCGGGGUUGCGUGAGUGUGAAACCUGGAGCGGUUUAUGAGAAACUCGUACCCGGAGGUUUGCGGAGGUGAAUCUCAGGGUGAAACAAUAAAAAUAAAUUGAUAAAAUAAUCGGAUUCUUCUGCAGCUAUCGUUUUAUGUUGACGACGGAGCGUGUACUAAAUCAGUGAUCCCUGGACAUAUCAAGUGAAUUAGUGUAAUUAUACUCCGGCGCACAAGCCGAAUAACCAUCUGAAACGAAAUGGACUGAUUGCUGUGAUAGUUGAACCGUGCUAUGCUUAAUUUAACAGUCCAGUGGUGAUCAUCGUACCGAGUAGUGCAAGAAUAUAAACCACCAAUCAGCACUAAAGUCAAGGUGCUCGAUCGUUAACUCGCGUUAGUGCUUCGGCGAGUGCUCCUACAAAUCCGAUCAAAUGGCUUACCUAUCGGAUGUUGACCUUGCGACAUUGCAUCGAUCACGACUGGAAGAACGUAACCACUACAAGUUGUCCUCCUGGUGGCAGAAAUCGGCGACCAUCGAUGGUUCCCUCGGUCACGGUCAGCACCACCAGCAUGGCCCGGCCACGCCUUCGUCGGCGCAAAUAUCCGCUCAAUCCCGUUCGGCCACUUCGGAUGACAUAAUCAACAACAACAACACCAAUGGCCGCGAACUUGAAUCGACUCGUUCGACUACGAUGACUGCAAGACAAACUUCGCAGCAAAAGAGCCCUACCGGUGGCGGCAGCUGCAGUACCAGUACCUGUGAAACAAACACUUCCACGACGUACCUUGGAGACCCUCGACGGGUGGUGACGUCAGGUCAUCCACUGCACCAUCGGGCCGGUGCCGGCAGGCACCAGUCCAAUGUGCAUGUGAUCAAACACCGCAACCGGAAUAGCCAGAGUAGUUCGGCCGUCAGCAGUAGGAGUUAUUCCACCGCCACGAUCGAACAUGCGAGCAUCAUCAAUAAUGGUGGCAAAAGUGGGGCCAGCAGUAGCAGCAGCAUUAGCAGCGGCAGCAAUUCAUACAAACAUGUUGAAUGGAGCGAUGACGACUAUCUCAACGACGAUGGGUACUUCUCGUCUGAGACGCGCCGCAGGAGAUCCGGCACGUGGCCGCGAACGCGAAGUUUGAACGCUCCCUCGCCGUUCCAACAGUUUGGACCAUGUGGCCGUAUUAUGAAAAACUCUGCCAUGGUGAUGCAAAUCCAAGACCCUGCCAGUCAGCGACUGACUUGGUACAAGCCUCCGCUGGCGGUCCUAGUGAUAAAGAAGGUUCGUGACUCGAAGGUGCUGCAGCCGUUCGUGGAGCUCGUGGAGUGGCUCAUCCAGGAGAAGCACAUGGUCGUGUGGGUGGAGGGAGCGAUUCUGGACGAUCCCCUGCUGACCGGUGACAAGCGGUUUACCAAGAUUCAGGACAAACUGAUAACGUUUAAGGACGGCCGAGACGAUCUGACGGACAAGAUUGAUUUCAUUAUCUGUCUUGGUGGCGACGGGACACUGCUGUACGCAUCGCUACUGUUCCAGAAAUCGGUACCCCCAGUGAUGGCGUUCCAUUUGGGCUCGCUUGGUUUUCUGACGCCGUUCCAGUUCGACAACUUCCAGGAACAGGUUACCAACGUACUGGAAGGACACGCUGCGCUGACUCUGCGCAGUCGGCUGCGGUGUAUUAUCGUGCGGAAGGACAAAACCGAGCAGGAGAUUUCCACCUUCAAGUCUUCGCAAGAUCCAACAACUAACAUUUUAGUUCUCAACGAAGUCGUCAUCGACCGCGGUCUGUCGUCGUACCUGAGCAAUAUCGAUCUGUUUCUGGACGGGAAACACAUCACCUCGGUGCAGGGUGAUGGGCUGAUUGUGUCCACGCCGACCGGGAGUACGGCCUACUCGGCCGCAGCUGGUGCUUCCAUGAUUCAUCCGUCGGUGCCGGCGAUCCUGGUGACGCCGAUUUGUCCGCAUUCGCUAAGCUUCCGACCGAUCGUGCUGCCGGCUGGUGUAGAAUUGAAGAUUGCUCUUUCUCCGGACAGUAGAAACAGCUCGUGGGUUUCGUUUGACGGCAGGAACCGUCAAGAGCUACUCCAUGGUGAUAGCCUCCACGUAACAACCUCAAUUUACCCGGUGCCAAGUAUAUGCGCCCAAGACCAGAUAGCCGAUUGGUUUGACUCGUUGGCCGAGUGCCUGCACUGGAACGUCCGCAAGCGGCAAAAGUGUUUGGACGAGCUGUCGGACCUGACCGGUUCCGGCACGGAAGACAGCGCCAUCGAGGAGAUCGAGUGCGGCAUGGAGAACCUGAAAAGCUAAGCCACAUUGGUUUGCAAGUUCGUUCGUGUCCCGGACUCUGGUGCCGGGCAUAGAUGGAAGACCACCCUCCCCCUUCCAGUCCUGCGUUCCCAUAAGAAGCCUAUUCAGCAACGGUGUACUAUCGAACUGUGUUCUGUGAAAGUAACCUGCGGCACAAAAAAAAACAUCAUCGGUUCGCGUUUUUUGUCGUUUUUUUUCGAUGCCCCUUUGUCAUGCAUAGUGUUAUGAGUUACCAUAUAAUUUUGAUUUACGUUUUUUAAUUUCUAGCAUCAAGAUAAUAACCAGGAACCGCUUUCACAACUAAAAAGUGAGAAAGAUAAAAUGUUUCGCUGGGCAAAGACUGUUAAGAUUUUGAGCAAGCGAAGCAUAAUGGUUAAGGGUAGGCUUUCCGUAUGUUAUAUACAAAAAUCGGCUAAUCGUACUAUAUUUGUUAGAUCAGAUGGUCGUGCAUUCUUGUGAUUGAGCAGUGUUUAAACGGAUAGGAUCCGAACGGCUUCUAUAUUUGCAGGAGCAUAAUCAAACCAGGAAGCGUGGAUUUGAGGAAGCCGAGUUGCUAGUGAUUUGUUCAUUCCGAAUUGGAGCCAAGUGUAGUGAUCGUUAGAUGAGUAAUAUAAUCCAAUGUUCAUGUUCAAGUUUGAUCUAGACAAAGGCAAGAAUAGAUAUUAAUGUGAAGGAAUGUCACAUACAAGUGAAUAGUGACGAGACAGAGAUGAACAAAGCAAAGUGUGCGUGUGAGUUCGGAAAAUCUUAGAUAAUUAAGAUGAUUCUUUUCGUAUUCUAGUGUUAGGUUUAUUCUUAAAAAAAUCAUUGAGCAAACAAAACACACUCGGCAUGAACAGAAGCAAGUGUCGCUUGGGAGGUACUAGUGAUGUAAUAAAAAACAGGCAAAUCAAAAACAA